UAUUUGCAAACUUGGAAAUUAAUACAUACAUUGAUGGAAUAAGGAUGUAAUUGUCCUUAAUGUCAUACUAUGUAAACAACGAGAUCAAUAGCUAAACAUAUAUUUUACACUUAAAAGUGUUCAAGUAUUACUAAUGAUAAAAAUAUAAUAUAUGCACUUUUAUCACUGCAUGGCCAUUGUAUUAAAAUAUUAGUAAGCAUUGUAAUUAAAAUAUUUCAACGUACUUAGUCAUAAUGCCUAAGAUUUUAAAUAUUAACUUUCGUACGAAAUGCGCAAUCAAUUGACAAUGUUUGUGUUGAUAACAUCAAUGGUGUUUCUCUUUGGUCAAGUUCCUUCCAGUGCACUAGUAUUUGAUAAUUUGAAAGACAUUGAUGACUGCAGAGGUUGCAUUGUUGGUGAAGACGAGGAGCAGUUUCGCGUAUUGUGUAAGACAGCAGGAGAUUUACCGCCAAGUAACGUCAGUAUAACUAUAGGGAAUGAGUCAUUGAAACCGCUUGAAUAUGAUCUGAAACCAGGUUAUAUGGCGUUUUUUACUUUGAGAAACAAACACCAUAGGAGAAAUAUUACAUGCACAGUAAUGAACGAAGCACUGGUCUCUCCUUUGAUAACAACAGCUCUAGUAUACGUUAUAAAACAACCCAAGUUAAAGAAAUUAUCGGCACCAGAAACACUCAAUGAGGGAAAUUCUACUGAUGUUGAAUGUUCAGUUGGUGAUGCAAGACCUAUCCCUGAUGUGUAUUUUAGCAUUUCCGGGGUUAAGAUUUUCCCUAGCUAUCACGAAAUAAAUGUUGACCCUCUUUAUUCCAAUUGGACGUAUCAUUUUUAUCUGCCAACGUUCAAAAGACAAUGGAACCUAAAGAAUAUCACAUGCUGUAUUCAUAAAGAAUGGUACAUGACCAAAGAAGAAUGCACACAACCAAAACAAGUACAUUUUCUCUUUCCUCCAGCAACAAUCACACUAAAAAUCAAAGUUGAACAAGGUUUGCAACCACCACAAAUGUACGCUGUAUGUAUAUUAAAUGACUCAAACCCAGUAUAUAAAGCAAGCUUCAUGGCACCGAGUGGAAUCAUUGGUUCUGAAAUGUAUUCCACAAACUCAAGUCUAUCUAAUGACGCUUGGACGGCAGUAUACGCUGUGAACUUGAAAGUCAGUAAAGACGACAACGGCAAACAGAUAACAUGCGCUGCCGUCUCUCCUGACUUGAAUGAGAUAUUAAACCAGAGCUCAACGGUUGAUUUUCUAUAUUAUAGCUCUACGAAGACCAUAAAAUGGUUUUACAAAUGGCUGAUUUGGACACUUCUUGGUUCCAUUUUUGCUGCAUCUAUUGUUUUACUCAGCGUAUGUGUUGCCAUUGCAAUGAUCAAACAGAAAAGAACUAAAGCAUUAUCAACAGAAUUGGAAAGAAAUAUUGAUACCGAUGACAAAGUAGAUUAUGUUAACAUAGUUCUUUCACCGUAUGAAUUAGAUAAUUCACCGUGUAGAAAUGGCGCUUCGAACAAAACAUAUUCAACACCAAUGUGAACAACCAUCACUCAAUGUCAAUAACUUUUGAUUCCUAAUCUAUUUUGAAGUGAAAGGAGUAUUGUAAAUAGUGAAAUGGAUGUGAAAUAAUUUUUACAUUUUGAAAUUGAAGAGAAACAAAUGUUGUACAUACCUGAUUAGUGAGAAAUAUUGAUAAAUAACUGUAAACGAAAUAUUGAUACAUUUUCGAUAAUUAUGUGACAUUGAAAUUUACACAUAUGCAUCAUUGAAGUAUCAUAACUACAGAUGCAUAUACGAUAUGGAAGUGAAAGAAAUAUUGAAACUUAUCCAAUAUUAAAAUGAAAAAGAUAUUGAAUACAUUCGAUAUUGAAGUGAAGUAUUUAUAAAUACAUGUAUACUGUAUAUAUUCUAUAUUUAAAUGAAAAGUAUCGAUAUGUUUUAGAUAUGGAACUAAAAGAAAUAAUGAUGAAUGUUUGAUAUUGAUAUGAAAUGGAUAUUGAUGCAUAUUUGAUACUGAAGUGAAACAAGUGUUAUAAUACAGGACUUAUUAGAUAUUGAUGUGAAACAAGUAUUAGAUAUGGAAGUGAAAGAAAUGUUAAUACAUAUGUAUAAAUACAUAUUCUGUAUAUGACACAUAUUUGAUAUUGAUAAAAACAAGUGUUAACAUUGAUAGGUGUUGAUCCUUAAGUGAAAACAAAAUCAACAGGAAACAUGUAUUUAUUUGAACAAAAUGUAUUAAAAUGUAACAUAAGGAAAACUUAUUUUCCUAAGCGAACAUUGUUGCAUAAGAUAACAUUUCAGAAUUUGAGCACACAUCAAAACAUUUAAGCUUUGUCGAAAUUUCAUAGUGGAUUUCAAUAAUUAUCUAAUUUAAAACUUUGUAAUUUACUCUGACCCUAAUAAGACUUCGGCGUUCACAAUGGUGUUGAUAUAUAUUGUUUCAAAUUAUAUCUAGAAACUUAUUGUGAAUGCUUUAUGUCUAUAGACCUUUUGGUUUGCUAAAACAAUUAUAAAGGCCACUAAUAAGGUGUUGAUCCUUUAAGUAAUUGUGUAUAAUCCCAGCAUAUGCCUUGGUCACUAGUUUGAGGAUUUUCUUACAAUUACAUAAAAAUGUCAUUAUGUUUCUUGUAUAUGAUUAAAGAAAAGAAAAAAAUACAUCACAUACAUCUGCAA